GGGUUCACGCAAGGAGUCGGGCCCGGGCCGCUACUGCCACCUCGGCCUCUGCUGCCGCCUCGAUUCACCACCCUCGCCAUGGCCGAGGACCUCUCCGUGGCCACUUCUUACACCGAAGAUGAUUUCUACUGCCCCGUCUGUCAGGAGGUGCUCAAAACGCCGGUGCGGACCGCGGCCUGUCAGCACGUUUUCUGUAGAAAAUGUUUCCUGACUGCAAUGAGAGAAAGUGGAAUACAUUGUCCCCUCUGUCGUGGAACUGUGACUAGAAGAGAAAGAGCAUGUCCUGAACGGGCCUUAGACCUUGAAAAUGUCAUGAGGAAGUUGUCUGGUAGCUGCAGAUGCUGUGCAAAACAGAUUAAAUUCUAUCGCAUGAGACAUCAUUACAAGUCUUGCAAGAAGUAUCAAGAUGAAUAUGGUGUUUCUGCUAUCAUUCCCAACUUUCAGAUCUCUCAAGAUUCAGUAGGGAACAGUAAUAGGAGUGAAACAUCCACAUCUGAUAACAUAGAAACUUAUCAAGAGAAUACAAGUUCUUCUGGGCAUCCCACGUUUAAGUGUCCCUUGUGUCAAGAAUCAAAUUUUACCAGACAGCGUUUACUGGAUCACUGUAACAGUAAUCACCUUUUUCAGAUAGUUCCUGUGACAUGUCCUAUUUGUGUGUCUCUUCCUUGGGGAGAUCCUAGCCAGAUUACUAGAAAUUUCGUUAGUCAUCUAAAUCAAAGACAUCAGUUUGAUUAUGGAGAAUUUGUGAAUCUUCAGCUAGACGAGGAAACCCAGUAUCAAACUGCUGUUGAAGAAUCUUUUCAAGUAAACAUCUGAAGGCUGUAGACACCUGUGCAUCUUUGUACCUGCAAGUGCCAUCUUUAAGGAGAAAACUACAUGCAGUCACCAUUUCAAUUACUUGAUGUGUAUAUUAAUAAAAGUAAUUAAGUCUAUUGUUUUAGUUUUUUAAUUGAAAAAUAAAGAUGGGCCAUCUAAAAAUUUCAUUCUUUAGAUAAGUUAAAAAAUGAAUGUUAGGAUAUUACCUUUAAAAGCAUUAAAAUGAUUAUAUUUCAUUAAUGUAAUGGUGAAAAGGGAAUCCCUGUUGUACUUUAUCUUUUUUGUGUUACAUAUUCUUGAAUUUUUCCUUAAGUUGCUUUUGAAAUUCGGUGCAGUUUCUCCCAUUGAUGUUAUUGUACACAGGUAAAAUGCAAUAGCACGUGCUGAAAGAUGUGAUUGACAUGAACCUAACAGAUCUGAGCCAGUUAUCAGAAUUGCAGAAUUGAGACUUGAAGUGCUAAGUGAAACAAUCCAAAGGAAAAAAAUUUUAAUACAGAUUCUAGCUGAAGAAUUCAACUAUAAGAACAUGGUAUUUAUAUAACAUUUAGUAUUUUUGAAGACUAGUGAGAUUUCUUUAAUAAUUUUAACUGUUCAAAAAGUGAAAGCUC